AUGCAAUCAUUACUACAACUAAAGCAUUAUCCUUUACUAACGAGCUAUCUAGAAGUGCUGAGUACCCAGAAAUUACACUACAUGUUGCGAAUCAGGUCGAUUGCGAGACCUAUUGUCCGACGUCCAUGGGCGAACGCUGCAAGAGUUACUGGAAUUAGCGGUACCCGAAUACAGGUCCCUUUCCCAUCCUCAGUUAGGUGGUAUUCUGAUAGGGAGCCUCAGACAGAGCCUGUGGUUAAGGAUGAGGAGUCAGAGCACGUUCCAUGGUACAUGAGGCUCGAGGAUGACUCUUUGAAGUCGCUGAAUGAGGACAUCUCGAAACAGCAUGAGGUGAGAUUGCCAGAUGACUGUCCUGAUUCACUACACAUACUUGUUAAACAUUUACAGAAACAACUGGCCCUAAGAGAUAUCCUGGUCUUUGAUUUGAAGAAUCAACGGCUUGCUGAUCCGGAGAACUAUAGACUCAAAAUGUGUGACUAUGUCAUCAUAUGCACUGCUAUGUCCACAAAACAUUGUGAGAGGUCAUACGUUGAGAUUAAUAAGUUGUUAAAGAAUGAAUAUGGAGUUUCAGGAUAUGUCGAAGGUCAAGUAAAUCCCAAUGAUGAGAAAAAACGUCUGAAAAGGCUAGCUCGUAAAAAUAACUUAGGUAGGACCAAUAUUAGAAGAAAUGCGUUAAAUUCUACUGAGGAAUCAUCAUGGUAUAUGAUAGAUUGCCAUGUAGACUCCAUCUUUUUAAACAUUCUUACGGAAAACAGAAGAUAUGAGAUGAAUCUCGAGGAGUUAUAUGCACCACUGAAUGAAAAACACCUAUAUGAGAAAUCAGAACAUUCAAUGCAUAUAAAUACUAAUAACAGGAGUCAAGCGUUUGAUUCAUUAGAGGAAGAAGAUAAUGUUUUACUAGCAUUAAGGAAACUAGCACAACAAAAGAGACAAUAUUCAACCGAAUCUCCGGCAAGAAGCCUUCGAAAUGAGCUUGUAAAAGAGAAUUUCGAUAGCAGUAAGAAGCUUUUAGCAGAUAAUCCUGAAUUACGUGAGCAACUGGUGAAAGUAGCAAUAUCAACAAUAGAGCAGAUAAGGGAUUCUACAGGAGCUUCCAUAAACACCGAAAAGUGGUACAAAUUUGUUUCACACAAUGUGCCUCUAGUGAUACAAGAUACAACUUUCUGGGAUUCAUACUUGAAGUUCUUAUUAUUACUAAACGAUUGUAACAGUCAAACUUACAGCUACAAGAGAUUGAUACCCGAUUACUUGGUCACUAAGAGAUCAAUGGGUGAGGAAUUAACUGCUGACGAUAUUACUACUUUUCUCAGUGUAAUCUCCGAGAGAGUAAAUCCUCAGAACUAUUGGGAUUUAGUCAAGGCAAAUACUCAAGUAGUGGAAGCCCUUAGACUUUUUGAUGAGGAGGUAAUUUUCACUGAUGCAAUUCUCUCAAAAGUAAUAAAAACUCUGACCACCAAUUCCAAUGAGCAUAAACUACAUUCUUUCUAUGAGGUAAUCAAAUUUUUGGUAUGGAAAUACGAGAAGGAAAUUCCUAUAAAUACACUAGAAACAAUAUUAAAGACACUCAUAAAUUUUGGAGAGUACGAUUAUCUUUUGAGGCUCUGGACCACCAAGAUUGGUUACAAUGUGGGAUCGAAAGACACGAGACCAUGGAAAGUAUUCCUAAAAGCCAUAACAGAGACGCAAGACGUGGAACUCAUCAGGCUAAUUAUAGAAAAGGGAUGUUUACUAGAUAUCAGUAGGGGAAAGGUCGAUGUCGAUCCUCAACUGGCAGUAUUACUUAAAACAGCCUUCAAGACUGUCGAUCCAGAAAACUUAAUUUACAACGAUCAGCAACGAUUGCUGAUACCAUCCUCCGCUACACGCCAAUAG